GACACCUGAUCCAAUCGGAACCGCUAAAGUUGAAAUUAAUCAACGGUUGGCGCAGACGCUAACUGAAAAUCCAAAUCAAAAGGCUCUAUAAGAACCCGCCUGCAUUUCCGUAAGCAUAUCACCAUCAUUUCAAAGCAAGCCUUCAAUCUCCGAGUGCGAAUCGAUUUUUGUAAGGCUACAAAUGGCUCGUACCAAGCAGACAGCCCGCAAGUCCACCGGAGGGAAGGCUCCCCGUAAGCAGCUCGCUACUAAGGCCGCCAGGAAAUCAGCUCCGGCCACCGGAGGAGUGAAGAAGCCUCACCGCUUCCGCCCAGGCACAGUCGCGCUGAGGGAGAUCCGGAAGUACCAGAAGUCUACGGAGCUUUUGAUCCGGAAGCUUCCGUUUCAGAGGCUCGUGAGGGAAAUCGCUCAGGACUUCAAGACGGAUCUGAGGUUUCAGAGCAGCGCCGUGUCGGCCCUCCAGGAGGCGGCGGAGGCGUACCUGGUCGGGCUCUUCGAGGAUACCAACCUUUGUGCCAUUCAUGCCAAGAGGGUCACCAUUAUGCCCAAGGAUAUGCAGCUGGCAAGGAGGAUUCGCGGGGAGAGGGCUUAAUCCACGAAAUCUUGGGCGGUUCUAUCGAAUGUAAUGAAGUUUUUAGAUGUUCAAUUUCAAUCAGUCAAUGAAAUCACCUUUUAAUUAGAAUUUGUUAUUGAUAUUCUGGUAUCUUCUCGUGUUCAGAUAUUCAUUUGACUUUGGUUUCUCUAAUCCAUUGUUCCUCAUUUGCAAACAACAAAAACGUAAUUGUGCGAACCACACUUUGUACCAUGGACUUUGAAUCUUCAAGGAAUUUCAGAAUUGGUUGAAUAAUUGUUGUCCCUAAAUUAAAUCUUUUAUUUUUAUUUGCCCGG